AUGCACCUGCAAAUAAGGCCAAACCCUGUAGGAAAAAUCACAAUUUUUUAUCUAAAACACCAUUUUUCAACAGGAAUAAAAACAUCCGAAACUCAUUCCUAUCUUAAAAAAGGCUUUUCUGAGGCAAAAACCUGGUAUUCUAAAUAUGGGACAAUGACCAGUACCAAGCUUUACCAAGAAUAUUUGCCUUUUAUGAAGAUGAGAGAAGCUACCUCAGUGAUAGAAACAGGUUCAGGCCCUGGAAAUGGAGUUUCAGCCAUAUUAAAAUCUAUUUCUCCAUCUUGCAAAUUUACUGCUACAGAUAUCAGUCCAGGGUUUCUGGACGAGCUAAAAAAGAUUAAAGCUGAAAACUAUUCAGUAGAAGAAGCCAAUAUAGAAGAGUUGCCUUUCCCUAAAAAAACGUUUGAUCGUUACAUUUCGAAUAUGGCUAUACAUAAUGCUGCAGAUCCUGAAAAAGCAUUUAGUGAAGCGUAUAGAGUAUUGAAAAACGGAGGUAUUUUAGGAGUUUCAACUUUUGGGGCAAACGAAAAAACAAAUACUUAUAUGAGCCUCAUGAAGAAUUUCAGAGCCUUUAUUGGGCAACCAUACCACGAUUCAAUUUUGAAUAAUCUCGCAGUCAUGGGGCUCCCUGAACCUUUUAAAGAGUUUGUAAGCAGGAUCGGAUUCCAAAGAGUACUUUCGUACUCAGCUAUGACUGUUUAUCCUUUGAGCACGCCUGAAGAGGCUGCUGAUCUCUUCUUAAGUUUCGGUCCUUUAGAAAAUUUCAUGAAAAACAACCCAGAUAAGGCUGGAGAACUUCAAAACUUGGUGAUGUCAAAGCUUUAUGAAUGCCUUAUUACAAACGGUACACCAAUUGGCUACGAUUCCUCUAUUUUAAUUGCAUUUAAGUAA